UAGGGAACGUACCUUUGUGGCGCGCGACAUGUUUGAACUUGAUUGAAGUGUGCUUGUUGUGGUCAAGUUCUUGCACGAUUUACGAUCCCUAGAGUUUAAAGUAUGCAUUGUUUUAUCCUCAGUUUUAUUGAAGUCGUCACGGGAAUUGGAUAACGAAUCCUGAGUACGGAGAUCUUAUUAAUAAGUUGUGUGGUUUAUAACUUUAUAAGCGAUUUGGGAGUUAGUAGUGAAGAAUUUAUUUUGAUUUUAAAAAGAUAAACAGCUAAUACACUAUUACAGCAGUACGAGUAUACUACGAAGACCUAAGUUAUUCGUAUCAGACGAGGAAGGAUACAUGCUGAAAAUGUUUCGGUUGGUUUGUACGUCGCUGCUGUCUGUAAUUUGUUGUUUGAUAAUGAUUGUACGUGCACAACCACUAUCAUGCGAAGGAGAUGAGCAUUGCACCGAGGGGUAUUUCUGUGAGACCGAAACUAAUAUCUGUCAGGAAUGUUUGCGGUGCGAAGAUUUUAAUCGACGGCCUCCGAAACUAAAUUUGAGUGAAUGCAUCAAGUCAUUGGACAGUUGUGGCCUUUGUAAUGAAGGCUAUAUUAACAUGUUCAGAAACGGAGCGAAAGGAAAGUGCGUGUUGCCAGAGUUCCUGGAGUUUGGGGAAGGUUCCCACUCCCACUACAGAUACGUGUGCCUGGUCGCUGCGGCAGUCGGUCUGGCCGUCGUAGCUACGUUUGUGUACGUUAUAAAGCAGACCGAGGUGUUUCGCGUCGUCGCUUAUUAUGAUCCUGUAUCGGGAAACUUGUCCAACUCUGAUACUGUACCCAACGAGUCAUUUGGACAUCUUUUGAAAUGUUUGAUGCAACAGCAAAAGGAUCAAAACGACAAAAUAAACAUGAGUUGCGGAAACAUCAACCAGUAAAUUAAUACCUUUACUAUAAUUUUCUCAACCAAAGUAUUGUUUUUUUUAUAACUACCAUUUUUAUCUAGCGUCCAAAUAAGCUCAAGUUAUGGUACAAAUCCCACAAGAAUUGUGAUCUCAUCUUUAAUGUUAAUUAGUUAUUAUUAAUAGUUUGUUUAACUAUAGUCUCGUAAGGUUUCUAUUAUAAUGUUACUUAAUUUUUUUCAAUAAAGUUGCAUAAUAAUA